AUGACUGAAGCCGCCAUCCACAAAGCUCCCUCCCGGGCCAGCCAGAAUCCCAUCGAGGAGCCUGAGGUACAGAAAUUCCAGGAGCUCGUCUCGAACGACAAUCAGGAUGGUGUUCGCAUCGCCGAGGCCGUCGCCCUGUCGUGGAGCAGGACUUCGCUGCUUGUCGUGUAUUGCUGGUACGCACAUACUCCCCCGCGAUGGACAAGUACGCUUCGCCAUUCUAACAAACAUACACAAAGCAUGUGGCUGCUGUAUUUCUGCAGAGCCAUGAUUGGAUCCCUCUCCGAUACUCUCACCCCGUUUGUGACGAGCGAUUUCCAGAGCCACUCGCUCAUGCCCGUCAUCAACGUCAUGACCAGCAUCCUGUCCGCGGCCACGUACAUGCCCAUUGCCAAGAUCCUCAACAUUUGGGACCGCACGUUUGGCUUCGCCGCCAUGAUGGCCCUGUCGACUCUGGGUCUGCUCCUCAUGGCCGCCAGCAGAAGCUUUGCUGUGUACACUGCUGCCAAUGUCUUUUACAACGUCGGGUUUACCGGCAUGAUCUUUGCCGUCGACAUCAUAACAGCCGACUUUUCCUCACUCAAGAUGCGCGCCUUUGCCUACGCCCUCACCUCGUCCCCGUACAUCAUCACCGCCUUUGGAGGCCCCAAGGCGGCCGAGACCAUCUACGAGAGCAACUGGCGAUGGGGCUUUGGCGCGUGGGCCAUAGUCCUGCCCGUCGUGUCGGCGCCCAUGAUGUACAUGCUGCAGCGCGGAAAGCGGCUGGCCAGGGCGAAUGGGCUGCUGAACCGCGAGCGCAGCAACCGUACCUGGACACAAGGCGUCAAAUACCACUUUAUCGAAUUCGACGUCAUCGGUGUCUUCUUACUCAGCGCCGGAUUCGUCCUCUUCCUCCUCCCGUUCACCAUCGCUGCCGAUUCCAAGGACCAGUGGCGCUCGGGCUACAUCAUCGCCAUGCUUGUUCUCGGCUUUGUCUUGAUCAUUGUCUUUACCAUGUGGGAGCGUUUUGGAGCGAGCGUUCCUGUCGUUCCUUGGGAGCUCCUCAAGUCGCCGUGCGUCAUGGGAGCCUGCCUCAUCGCCGCCACGUACCAGAUCUCGUACGCCUGCUGGAAUAGCUACUUUACCUCGUACUUGCAGGUUGUCUACGACAUCUCCAAGGCCAAAGCCGGAUAUAUCAACAACAUCUUCAACGUCGUGAGCGGCAUCGAGCUGUUCUUGGUCGGCAUCUUGAUUCGCUGGUCCGGACGCUACAAAUGGGUGUUCAUGUGGGGUGUUCCUCUCUACAUUCUCGGCGUCGGUCUGUUGAUCUACUUCCGCCAGCCAAAUCACAGCCUUGGAUACAUCAUCAUGUGCCAGAUCUUCAUGUCGCUUGGUGGUGGUGUCAUUAUUGGUGGGCAGCAGGUCUCUGUCGUCGCGACGGUGUUGCACGACCAAGUUGCCUCGGCCAUGGCUGUUUUGUCUCUGAUUGCCACCAUCGGCGGCGCCAUCGGGAACAGUAUUUCUGGCGCCAUCUGGACAAACACUCUACCGGGCAAGCUUCAACAGCUACUCCCAGAUUCCGUCAAGGACCAGUGGCGGGACAUUUACGACGACCUGGAUGUGCAGUUGAGCUAUGCGGUCGGCACUCCAGAGCGGGCAGCCAUCAUGGACGCCUACGCUGGGAGUCAAAAGUUGAUGCUCAUUGCCGGCACAUGCAUCAUGGGCUUGGCUCUUAUUUGGAUGAUGAUGCUGAAGAAUGUCGACCUCAGGAAGAUUGACCAAGUCAAGGGGUUGGUGCUGUAG